AUGGUUGCGCGCAACUUCUCGCUGCAGGAUCUACCGUACAAUCGUGUACUGCAGGUGCCGGACGAGGAGCGCGAGUUUCUGGCACUGGAUGAACUGAAACCACACCAACUGACCGAGCUGGGCGUAAGCGUGUCGGGUUCGUCGGCCGUCGGUCCGCAACAGCCACCAGGCCAUCGGAGUCUGCCGGUCACUAGCACCGAUCAGGUCGAGGUGCCGAAUCCGGUCAUCACGACCGGUGGGCUAUUGCAGAACUAUCACCACCAUAACGUUUUCUAUGAGCUUGGAGCAACCACACACUCGCCGUCCAAUGCCAGCGCGGUGCCGACCGAGCACAUGACCGGAGGCCCGGAUGCGUCCCUUCUGGUGGAUCCGUCGCUGGCCGGCACGAUGUCUGCGGUGAGCAACCUGAGCACCCUUUCGGCAGCCGGAAGCGGCAACCAUCAUCUGCAUCUUUCCGACCAUGGGCACUCGCACCAUGAUCACCAGCACGCUUCCGGUGGGGCACGGAAGCGAAAGUUUUCCUUCAAUGAUACGAGCGACAUUGAAGAUAACACCUGUGAUGAUUCGAAAUCCGUCAGAACGGCCGACGAAAGCAAAAAACAAAACCACAGCGAGAUCGAGAAGCGACGGCGUGACAAAAUGAACACCUACAUUACGGAACUGUCCGCGAUGAUACCGAUGUGCCAUGCGAUGUCCCGCAAGCUGGACAAACUCACCGUCCUCCGGAUGGCGGUGCAGCAUCUGAAAACGAUCCGCGGUGCGGUCCAUUCGUACACCGAGGGCCACUACAAGCCGGCGUUCCUGUCCGACCAGGAGCUGAAGAUGUUGAUACUGCAAGCUGCCGAGGGUUUCUUGUUUGUGGUCGGUUGUGACCGUGGUCGGAUACUUUACGUGUCGGAGUCCGUAUCGCACAUACUGAACUAUUCCCAGGGUGAUCUUCUAGGGCAGAGUUGGUUCGACAUACUGCACCCCAAGGAUGUGGCAAAGGUGAAGGAGCAACUGUCAUCAUCCGAUUUGAGUCCCCGGGAACGUUUGAUCGACGCUAAAACUAUGCUUCCAGUCAAGACGGAUGUUCCACAAGGGGUGACACGGCUCUGCCCCGGUGCCCGUCGUUCCUUUUUCUGUCGCAUGAAGUGCAAAGCCAACGUGCAGGUAAAGGAGGAAGCGGAUCAACCGAACAGUGUGUCCAGCGUGAACAAUGUGUGCCAUCGGCGCAAAAAGCAAGUUAAUUCCGAUAAGAAAUAUUCCGUGAUACAGUGCACCGGUUACCUGAAAUCGUGGGCCCCGGCCAAGAUUGGGCUGGAGGAGAACGAAACGGAUGGCGAGGGCGAUUCGUGCAAUCUCUCCUGUCUGGUAGCGGUGGGCCGCGUGCAACCAAACCUCAACCAGAGCUGCAAUAUGACGGCGAACGGUCUGCACACACCGAGCGGCACCAAUGGUCGGUCGCGAGGUGGCAACAACUCCAACUCCGGGUCGGGGGCGGGAACGAGCGGUGGUACUACGGGGUCGUCCAGCAAUGGCAAUCCAGCGGCCACACCGAGCAACGGUAGCGGGAAGUCCUUAAAUCGCAACAACAACAUUCCCAACCUGCGCAACGUGCAGUUCAUCUCACGCCACGCGAUGGACGGCAAGUUCCUGUUUGUCGAUCAGCGAGCAACGCUCGUGCUGGGCUUCCUGCCCCAGGAGCUGCUCGGUACGAGCAUGUACGAGUACUACCAUCACGAGGAUAUUCCGGCACUGGCCGAAUCGCAUAAGGCCGCCCUCCAGGGCACGCAAUGCGUCACCACCUCCGUGUACCGGUUGCGCACGAAGGAGACCGGCUUCGUGCGGCUUCAGAGCGAGUGGAAAUCGUUCCGCAACCCGUGGACGAAGGACAUCGAGUAUUUGAUAGCGAAGAACAACGUCAUCCUGUCGGAGCUCGGCGACACGGGCGCGGCACGUGCUGGCGGGUAUGGAAUGGGCGAGCUGGGCGAUGGUACCGGUGAACCCGGUUCCGGGGCUUCCGGUCAACCGGGCGUAGGAUACGAGUUUUUCAAUCACACGAAUGGACGUGAAAUACAGCGCAUGAUCAAUUCGCACGUGGAGGCAAGCAAAAUUGGCCGCCAGAUAGCGGAACAGGUGUUGGACCAUCAGCGACGGGUGGGAGAUUCCUCCUCGGAAAGUAGCCCAAACCCAAAUGAAUCGACAAUGCAGCCCGCCUUCAGCUCCGCACUGUCCGAGGCGAAUCAUUCGAACGAUGCAAUCACGUCCGGCGAGCACAGCAUGGUCACCUCGACCGGUGUGUCACCUUCCUCGAUUGCCGUCGUACCUCCGACAGUUACCACGCGCAUCAAUGGAACUCUGCCCGGUUACAGCCAUGUGCAGACGAACGCCAUCAUCAGUCCGGAGCAUGAUGUAUCACAAACGCAAGCCAGCAGCACGGAUGGCAAUGACGAGGCAGCGAUGGCAGUGAUUAUGAGCCUGCUGGAGGCGGAUGCCGGUCUCGGCGGUCCAGUAGAUUUUUCCGGCCUUCCCUGGCCACUGCCGUGA